AUGAGCCUUAAAGCCGCCAGUCACAACAUCAGUAGUAUCCAGAAGGAUCAGGAGUACUUGCACUCGCACAACGUCCAAGGUAUACUUCAGCGUCUCGUCGCCGACGUCGUGCAGGAGAAGCCGGAGAACGCAUGUGAAUACAUGGCGCAGUGGGCGGCGAAGCAGAUGGAGGCGAGACGUAGCACGGGCACCGCUGCUGCUGCUACUGCUGGGGCGCCAGCCUUAAUGGCAUAG